UAUGUCUGUUUUGGACUGUUAUAAUACAUGUGUAUCUAUGGAUAUUCCAGUGUGAGUGUAGUUGCACACUACAACAAGUUUUGGGUGAAGCUGCCUGGACCAAUCAUCUAUCAGAAUGGCGUUACUCCCCACCCACCUCAGUCAGACACUACACCUCAUCCAGUGCCAACGACCACACCCUCCGACCUGCCUGGGCCUUUUACUUCUGAAGGAUGUGGCCAAUCAAAAACCUGCCUGCUAGAUCCUUCAGGUUGUGAUCCAAAGGAAGAUCCUCACUGCUUCUUCCUGUCCAUGACUACAGAGGGGCCAGGAAAAACGUCUGUGAUAUUUGAGCUGAGUGGCCCAGUGGAUGGAUACAUUGCCUUUGCACUGUCCUGGGACACAUGGAUGGGCAACGACGAUGUGUAUAUGUGUGUAAAAGAGGGGCACAGAAUAUCAGUGAGGGCUGCCUUCGUCAGUGGACGGACACAUCCUGAGGACCAGUCACAGUCUGGUCUCUCCUCGGUGUCAUGGCGGCUGGCAGAUGGAAUGAUCCAGUGCAGGUUCAGUAGACCAAUCAAACUGAGCAAUCAAGACCCAGCCCGCUACGAUCUGGACCAGGAGUACUUUCUUUUUCUAGCUACCGGACAUGCUCAGCACGGUAAUAUAUGGAGACAUAGUCAACAGCCACUAAUCUCCACCAAAAGAAAAAACAUCACUGGAACCCCUGAGGUCCUAAGAAGCUCCCGGGGUCCCAUUAUUAUGAAAAUUCAUGGUGCACUAAUGCUGUUAGCCUGGAUGCUAACAGGAAGUGUUGGUACCUUCAUCGCCAGCUUCUACAAACCUGAUUGGCCAAAUCAAACUCUGCUUGGCCAGAAAGUCUGGUUCCAGGUUCAUCGAGUGCUGAUGCUGCUAACUGUGACUCUGACCGUUGUAGCCUUUUGCCUCCCAUUUUUCUACAGGAAAGGUUGGAGCAAGCAUGCAGGUGUCCAUCCAUACCUAGGCUGCUGUGUUUUGGCAUUAUCUCUGAUUCAACCAAUAAUGGCUGUGAUCAGGCCAUCACCUGACUCACACAGGAGAUAUGUCUUUAACUGGGCCCACUGGGGAGUUGGGUCUUUGACUGAGAUCAUGGCAGUGGCAGCCAUGUUCCUGGGGAUGCGUCAAUCAUCACUGCUCCUCCCCCAGCCGUGGGCAACACAUGUUCUGAUUGGCUAUGUGAUGUGGCUGGCCUCAUUUAGGAUCUUCCUCCUGAUGCACAAGCACCUUUGCAUCAAAAAGUCACAGGAGUCAGAUGACACACAGGGAAUCCUCUCUGACCAAUCAGAGCAUGGUCACUGGGGGUCCUUCAUAAAGUCUCUCAUCUUGGCUGUGUUGGCUCUCGGAAACGCUGGUCUCCUAAUGGCCUUGUUGUCUUCUAUUGCUGAAAUUUGAUAUUUAAUGGCAAAAACAUUAAAUAUCUUUCACAACCAUGAUUGACAGGUACUUUACUUUAUUUGUUUUUAUGCAAAGCUUGGAAUACCAAUAAAAUUCCAAGUCCAGCAAAGCCAGAUAACAGAAAGAAGGAGGAACUUAACUUUAUUAUGUCAACCACACAAUCAUUUAAUUAUUUAUUUAAUAUCUGUAUUAAGGCCUAAGAGAAAUCUAAGUAAGUUGUUUACUCUCCUACGUUUAUGACUUAAAAACGGGUGAAAACUAAAAGUUUGGGCCACAUAAUCUUUCCUUAAGUUUCUUAAUUUGAAGUUCUAAGUUCAAAAUUAGUAUGAUAACAACAAACACACAAGGGAAUUUAAAAAAAAAUUAUUGAACUAUGCAUUGAUUUUCUUAAUAACUGUAAAUACAGCUGAGCCUUCACUAAAAUACAGAAAGUUAAACUGAAAGAAAAUAUCUAAAACUAUUAUUUGACCUUUUUUUGCACGGUAAAUAUUAAUUAUAUUAUAUUAUAUAAUCUUUAUUUUAUUUAUUCUGCACCCCUGAAAAGGGUGUUAUGUUAAAUGAACUGUUAACAAAUACACAUCCUCCUACUUUGUGAGUCUGGUAACGGUAAAGGUAAAGACAUUUUCGCACUUUUUGAAUUCAGAUUGAAUGUGAACAAAAGCCAUUAAAUAUUAUAUAUAACAUAUAAUUCAGAAGGAAAAAGAACAUUGCCACAUGUUCAUACUUAUACAAUUGUCAACAUGGACCUAAAUCACAGCACACCAAAUAUGAUGUAAAUAUAAAUAUGUCAAAUUGUGAAUCUUGAGCAGUGACCUGUUAAGAGAAAAUAAUACACUUUGGUUGUUGAUUAUUCAGCUUACAUGAAAUAUGACAUGUGGCUACAAAUCAUAUCAAAACAGUAUAUCAAAAUUACAUUACAAUUCUACAUUACUUUUAACCUGAGGCAGUACAUGAUGCUGAACCUUUGAAAGUAAUGACGAAAGGCACCACCAACUUGACAUGUACACAUGAAUUUACCAUGAGCAGUACUGGUAAGCUGGUGAAAACAGUUCUAUCAUGUCUUUUGGCCAUCAGGGUCAUCUCUGCUUGGGUUACGAGAAUUUAAGGUUCAAACAGAAAUUCAUUUUUUAAAUUUAGGUUUUAAUUAAGCUGGGGCGCCUUGGUAGCUCACCUGGCAGAGCUGGACCCCAUGUGCCCGGCUGAGUCCUGACUGCAGUGGCCAUGAGUUUGGCUCCAACCUGUGGCCCUUUGCUGUGUGUCAUUCCCUUACUCCUGCCCCUUUCCUGUCUCGCUUGAGCUGUCCUGUCCUGUCAGAAAAGUUGUUCCCUUGUGAUAACUUUUUAUCACUAA